CCAACACCACGAAAAAGAAGUUCGAAAAUGGCGUUUCAUUGAGUUAGAUGUCAUAGCAGUGGUAAUGUUUUUGAUUUUUAUUGCAUUUUUCACAUAUAUACCGCAGUGAGAAUUUAAAGUUUUCGCUUUCAAAUUUUGUAUGCAAAUUAUAGACAAAAAUAGUGUCUACGGAUUUGUGUUGUAAUCCCCGUCUACGUGUAAAGAGACUCCGUCAAAGUGUACCCGAUUCAAUUCCUGUUGACAAUUCGAACAGAAAGAGAGUGUGUUGUUGGAUAAACAAAAUGGACCUGGACAUUGAUAAUGCUGGCCCCAGUAGUAAAUCGUCUAGUCUGUCCAUUGACAUCGACGUUGAUGACACACAAAGCGACAGCUUCAACGGCUCCAACCAAAAUUGUAAUAAGCUGAAACCAAAUAGAAAACGUCGAUUGUCGAUGAUCGAAGAGGAACCAUCUGGUAAAGUAUUUGUUCAAGACUCGGAAGACGAUUACCAUUACAGCAAACUGCUCACGUUGAGCGACGAAGUUUUAUUGGAAAUUCUGAAGAACUGCAACAGUCUCACAUUGGAUGCAUUGUCAAAGACAUGCAUUCGAUUCAAGAAUUUGGUUUGCGAUCGACGACUUUGGACUAGUUUCGAUUAUUCCAAAUUGGCUCUGAGCGUGGACGAGAUUCUGAAGCGAUUCAAAUACAUCAACAAGGACACGACUCAAUUCAAAAUCAAAGGUCUCGUCAAAUCGUUUCCGCACAAAAAAUGGCAAAACAACACAAUUACUGAAAAUUUGCUGGAAAAAUUACAGAAACUAACUCCACAGUUGGAAAGCUUGGAGGUCUACGAAGGUUUCCUAGAUUUUCAGAAGUUUACAAUUAACGAGUUCCCAAACACAAUAAGAAAAUUGGUAUUCUGCGGAUGUGAGGUAAACUUUGCAUCACCUGCCCGAGCAUUUUUCAACCGAAUCGAUACUCACAUGAAGCAUUUGCAAGAAUUGAGUCUCGAACGAUGCACUUGGUUCGAAACGCACGAUCUCAUUAUGUUCUCCAAGCUGCCGAAUCUGAAAAAGUUAAAUUUACGCGGUUGUGUGUCACUGAAAGAGUGUGUUCCCUAUGGCAGCAUAGCAACGAGAUUCGGUUUCCGGAAAUUGGAGUCAUUGGACAUUCGUGACACACCGAUAUCGGACAGUGACAUUCAGUGUUUCAACAUAACAACCACUUUACGUGAACUGUUGAUGGAAUGUCCAGUCGAUUUGAGAAACCAAUCGGCAGCUAGGUCUGGCUGCUGUGAUUUGGAGCCGGUAAAUGAGGAGGAAGAAUUAAGAUUGGAGCCGAAUGGCAAUGAACGAAACGAGCAAAACGCACAACAAGCUGCUGAUGAACCGGAACAACAACAACCACGUCAGCAUCAAUCUGUAGGCCAACUAUUAGUAGCAGCUGCUUCUUCCGCAGCAGCAGACCGAUCAUCAUCACCAGCACAACAACAACAGCAGCAGCAGCAACAACAACAGCAGCAGCAACAACCUCAGCAACAACAAAAUCGCGACGAUGACGUUCGGAUUGCGAAUCAUUACAUAAACAUUGUCGUGCGAAACCACAAUUAUGUUGAUAUACAAAACAAUGUUGGGGAGAGGCGUGACGGAAGAGACGCUGUGCAUGAAAAUCCGCAAAUGUUUGUUCCUAAUAAUUUAGAUGUGAAUCCUCAACCCCAGCAACUGAUCAUUGUACGUGGAUUAAAUUGCAAUACUGGUAAUCGAGAUCGUGCCGUUGGACGCCGAAACAGAAUAUCGUGGGAAAUAGUGAACCACAACAAUCAUCAGCAGUAUGCUCAACUGUUCUACAAUCGACCGAUUAAUCGCACCUUCGAACCGCCACCGGUAACACUGAUCAGCGAUCGCGGCAUAUGCAGCUUCGGCGUUUCGCCCGAUAACAUUCAGAACGGUGUCGUUUGGAUCCGGGCCGAUUUUCGGUCGCCGGACACAUUUCUGGAAACGUUAGUCGUUCGACAUUACAAACUGGUAACGGAUGUGUCGCUGCGACAUUUGGUACAUUGUUCACCGAAAUUAAGCUAUUUGGAUGUGACCGGCACAUCCGUCACCCAAGCUGGUGUGCAGGCAUUUAAGACUAAAAAACCACUUUGCACCGUCGUGUCCGACUUUGAUGUGUAAAGAACUGACAUAGAUAUGUAUUAAGACACAAAAAAAAAAGAAAAAAGAAAAAGAAAAGAAAUCUGUGGAAAUUACUCAAUGUGAAUUAUUACUUAUGGUCUAUCGUCUUUCUUUUGUUAUAAUAAUUCCGCGCAUUUAACUUUCAAUGUCCGACAGUGGUGCCACAUCUGAGAAUUAAAUUGUGCUUCAAUUUUUUUUUUUGGUAACGUGCGUAAUAGAGAAACAGAGACAGACAAGUUGUAAUGGCUAGGAAUGUCAUUUUUUUUCAUUGAUUU